CAUCGUCAUCCCUUCCAGGCGAAGCAAUGUUUUUACUCUCCCUUCUAGCGGUUGACUCUGUGUCUAUUCCGCGGAGAUACAGGACAGAAACGGUCAGCCUUGACAGUCUUUCUUGGGCAAUUAAGGCCAAUCCUCGGCGACUAAAUCCUGAAAAGUACCCCAUGGUCCCAAACCUCCAGUGGCGCUUCGAUGAACCUUUUGCAUGUAGAGUCAUCGGGUUAAGUCUCCAUUCCCUCCCUAACGGUCCAGGCUGGUGAGUGUCCACUUCUCAUUUGCUAUUCAACUGUCAUCGGGUAACCGGAGUCAGACAUUGAGUAGUCAAAAGUCCUCACCUCCCUGUCCUUUGACCGGUACUUUUCGGCUAAGCCUAGGCCCCUUCUCUCUCUCCAUUUUUGUUGUUGUCGUCAGAAAAUUCUCCUGUAUUUCUUCUUCUGUUACUCCCUGUACAUCCAUCCUUAAGAGUUGCUUUCUGUUUAAUACUUAGCGUUGCAUGAGAUACUUUGCACCUCUUGAUACGUGCCAAUCGGCUCUGACCUCACCAGAUACAUAAAAGCAUAGGAUGUGUUUGUGACAGAGCACACACCAACCCAUCUCGCGUGUAGGACAUAUUCCAGUCAGCCCCCAUGUUAGGGAACGUUGACUUUACCCGCUGGCAUGUGGAUAUUGACACAUACCUGAACCCGUUGAUACCACCACCGCCAUGGCGCUGGUUACCCCGGCCCGUCUCUCAUUUUCUGGGAUAUAGAGGGGACAAACCGCCAAAAGCCCUCGGGAACAUUGUGAUCGCCUUCUGGUCCUUGAUUGGGGUCUUCUGCGGCGUAUUAAUCCUCGCGGAAGUAUCCCUGCACAUCCCCUCUUUCCAGAACCACCAUGCGCCAAUUAUUGUGGCCAGUUUUGGUGCUGCAGCUGUGCUCGAAUUUAGCGCCAUUGACUCCCCAUUUGCGCAGCCGCGCAAUGCGGUCCUGAGCCAGGUCAUGGCGAGCGCUAUUGGCAUUGGGAUCGGGAGGCUCUUCGCUUUAAAUCCUCAUGCUAAUUCCUUGCCCCAGGUUGGCGGAGCUCUGGCCUGUGGGAUUACGACGGCAGUGAUGGUUCUGACGAAGACGGUUCACCCGCCGGCGGGCGCAACAGCUCUCCUGGCGGUCACUGAAGGGCAUAAAAUCGGCUGGUUUCUGGUCCUGAUCAUGUUACUCGGGAGUGUCCUUAUGCAGGCGGUGGCACUGUUGAUGAACAACAUCCAACGACGAUUUCCGGUGUAUUGGUGGACUCCUGAUCCUCUUCCCCGUGUUAAGGUGGAAGACACCGAAAGUGCCGGAGGGGAGAAAGAAGGGACCUGGGCCCCUACUGCAUCAGAUGACGAUAGUCAGACUACCGUUCCAUUACAAAUUAUUAUACAGGAAGGAAAGGUUUCGGUCCCCGACAAUCUCUGGAUUACGGCAGAGGAGAUGGCAUGUUUGGAAAAGAUCAGUCAGCGAAUACGUUAAUGCAUAUAACCUUGUUGUCCAAUAUCACACAUUUGAACCCUUCGACUAUCGUCUAUCAAGCGGUUGCCAUGAACAGUAGCGAUUCUCUGUUGGAAGUCCACAGCAGUAGUGAUUGGCAUUGACGACGUACUAAGUAUAUACAGCACAAACAUGCCUACUACUAAUAUCUUUGGAUGUAUGCAGUCUCCGAAGAGAUGCGAUCCUACCGGAAGACUACAUGUUACGUGUCAGACAGACAGUAGUACACACAUGGAAACUCUCGGCGAUGAGUAAGGGAAAUGUUGCCUCAUGUCUCCUUGCUGACCAUUGGAGAGUCAUGCCUUGGGCGUAAGGCUGUAAAUCACGUGGCCUUGGUGCCCAAAGGAGGCUAGACUGCGCCACGACCCGUGCGGUGACGUCGCAGGGCCAAUCAGAGCCGGACCCAC